ACUGUUAAUAAUGCACGUGAGAGAAGAUCUAUAAAGAUAACUGGACAAUAAUAGGUGUUUGUGUCUACAAUAUAAUAGCUAGCCGUCUGAGCUAAAUAGCAUCCUUCUACUCAGCCAUGGACCCGCUCGGAGCUCGGCCUAAUAUAGUGGAUGCGGACACCAUAGCUCGUUGGAGCAGCUCAGACCCAGAGGGACCACCCCCUAAUGUGGAUGACUCUCAACUACCUAGCUCACAUGUCAUAUCACCUUUCCCUGUGAGGGAGGACCUCAACACUAAAGUGGCUCUAUGGUCAGGUGAUAUAGCCUCACUACAAGUGGAGGCGGUGGUCAACCCGACUAACGAGGGUCUCACUGACAAGAACCCCAUCACUGUUCGACUGUUUGAGAUGGCAGGACCGGAACUCAGGGAGGAAUGCAAAACACAGAUUGGAACAUGUCGUACUGGUGAGGCCAAGAUAAGUGCUGCCUACCAGCUACCAGCACGUCAUGUGAUCCACACGGUGGGUCCCCGCUACAACCCACGCUACAGAACAGCCGCUGAGAGUGCCCUCUACAACUGUUACCGUAGCGUCAUGCAAAUCAUGAGGAAUCGUCACCUGGCAACAGUGGCGUUCAGCAUGUACAACAGUAGUAGGCGUGGCUACCCACCCGAGGAGGGAGCACACAUCGCCAUCAGAACAAUCAGACGUUUCUUGGAGCACUUUGGAGAUGACAUCGAUAUGGUCAUCUUUGUCUCCUCGGACGGGAAUGAUGCUGUGUACCGUCAAACCUUUCCCCUCUAUUUCCCACGAUCUGCUGAGGAGGAGAGCUAUGCUGCCAAGGCCCUGCCGGCCUCCAUUGGGGACGAAAUGGGAGAACCCAUCAUCACAGAGAGACAGAUCCGCAUCCUCGAAAACCCGACCACUAAAGGGGCGUCCCCUGAAGAUGGCGAGGAGGUGGAGGAAGUGGAGAUCUCCAACGACGACACAAACGAGUCAGAGCUCAUCUCAGAGGUUGGCAGUCACCCUUUCUCUGCAAUGUCCUCUGAUCAUGAUCAGGAGCGAAGAGAGCACAUCAGCAGGACAAGGCUGCCCUCAGCUGAAGAGGCUAAACUAAGACGGUAUCAGAACUUCCUUCGUGCGUCUAGGACAGAGAACUUCUCAGACCUAGCUGGCCUGGGGGCAUUUUACAAGGCAGGCACAGACUACCUGGGCAGACAGGUGGUGGUAUUCGUAGGACGGCAGUUCCCCGCCCCUAAAGUGGACCUGGCUAAAGCAAUAGCGUUCUUCCUGCAUGUGAUGGAGCCAGUGGUGAGCAGAGACUAUGUGUUGAUCUACUUCCACUCUCUGGUCCUCUCUGAGAACCUCCCUGACUCUAACUUUAUUAAAGACAUCUACAACCUGGUGGAUGACAAGUACAGGGAUCAUCUGGCAGCCCUCUAUAUAGUACACCCCAACUGGUGGUUCAAGAUGUCUUGCUGGUGGUUUCUGACGUUCACGGGUUCGGCCGUUAAAGAGAAGAUUCAAUACCUGACAGGGGUGAGGUAUCUCUACGACUCCAUCAACCCAGACCAGAUAGAAAUACCCAACUUCAUACUAGAGCACGACAUCCAGGUGAACGGCACCAACUACUACACCCCUGCCACAAGACACGGUGAUGACCAAAGUGGAGGACUCUAACUAACACCGAUUGUGUAACUAACUGUGGACAGUGUGUCUGUGUAAUAGUGUACCCGUGUGUUGUGUGAUUCGUAUAGGAUGUGAUUUUGUGGUCUUGAUUUUAUUUGUUGAUGUCUGGCUCUUACUGUAACUUCUCGUAAUUUGUAUACAAAAAAUUUGUUUCAUUGAA